AUGAGAAGUCUGAUUUAAUUAUAGUCCGGGGGAAGGAGAACUGGCAAUAACGUUGAGGCGGACGUGAAGGCGUCGUGGGUCCAGGAUCGAUGGCUCGCAUCGCGAUGAGCCUCAUGCCGGCUCUCUCCAGCCGGACACAAAAAGCAGCCAGCUUCUAUCAGCCUCGCACUACGUUAUGCCUUUCUGUGGCUAACUAAAUGCUGGAUUGUCACAAUGCGAAAAAUAAAAAUCCAUUAGGCAAAAAAAACCCCAAUAGGGAUUGAAAUUAAAAAAGCAAUAGCUUAGAAACUGAAAAUUACCGCUAUUAUUUUGGGAAUCGAAGUUUAUUCUCAAUACUUUCCUUGUUGACAACUCUCAGUAGAUUAGUAUUCCUCAAUUCAAUAUUUAAGUCCAAUAUUCAUUCAUUUUUAGUUAGUAUAUAAGAUUGCAAAGAAAAGUUUUUCUUUUUUAUUUUUCUGACCUGUCAACUUUGAUUGAACUUGAUAAAGAUGAGAAUGGAUUACGAAGUGGCUCCGAAAUUCAACCAAAUUUCUUUCUUUUUUGAGACAAGUUUCUUGUAAGAAAUUGAAUGACGCAAAAAAGAUAAAAGAACUGAUUUCAUUUUGUACCAACCUGUUUUUUUUCUCAAAAAACACAUUCAUCGUGAGCCCAGAAUAGAAAAGUGUACCGUUGGUAAACAAGGAGAAACUAGAAUGUUGCAAAAAAUCUUCGAAAUUCCAACAAGCUUAUCUGCAACUCAGGCUGUCGACAGCGUUGCCCACGACAACGGCGAACGUUUGAACCAAUUACCACAUUUGCCGCUUCUCCGGCGGAAAGAGUGGUUCUUUCAAGGGACUCUCUAACAAAAAUUGUUUAUUGGAUCAGGACCAUCGACACAAAUUCUCUUGUUGGGAAGGAAAGGGAACAAAUUAUAUGCAAAAUGAGUACGAAGCAUAUACUAUUGCGUUUGAAAUCGUGAAAUUAAAAGAUCACACUUUUUUAAAAGAAAAUAGUGACAUCAUUAUAAUGCAUUGUUAAUUUGAACUGAAACAGUGAAAUAAAUCGAAAUUUUUUUUCCUCGGGAGUUUUUAAAGAUGAAAAUUGAAAAAAAUUCCUGUGGGCUCAAAAGACCACGCAAAACUUUGAAAUAUUCCUCUCCCAAACUGAUAAAAUUUGAACUUUGAACUCAGGUUUCACGUUCAACAGAUUUCAGCAAACUUAGCGAACUACCGAGCGCAGAGAAAAAGUUAGCCUUCGAUUCAAUUCAGAAGCUCAAAUUCUUUCUUUUUUUCCAGCUUAGUUCCGCUUUGAACACGGGAAAUCUUGGGAAGACAUAAAAUUUGUUGGUUACAUGGAAACAAAACUUGUAACCUGGUAGCCUAAUGCAUUCCUUCAACUUCUUCGCUCUCGGAAAUGUUGAGACCGGCUCUUCUCUGCUCCCUAUUCUGUUUUUGCGUUGUUAUUUUCACAUCGAUUCCUAUUCUUCUAUACCCACGGUUUUCAAUUAUCAUUUAAAAAAAAGUCUCACAAUUAUUUUUUUUCAGAUGGAUUUAUAAUGAAGAAUGGAAAUACGAGCAACUCGACUUUGAGAACCAACAAUCUUCAGCUUUAUCGGUUUCCCAUCUAAAAAUUGUACUUGCUAUUCACAGCUUUAGACGUUGCAAACAACCAAUCAAUAUGCUUAUCGAGUCCAGCAAAUCUUCAGUGGGGUGGACUUGAAGAAAGACGAGAUAAAAGGUGGUCGAGUUUUUUCUUCGAAGUAUAAAAACGAGUUUAUUUCAGCACUGCUCACGGACUAUUUAAACGACGUGGAGAGUUUCAAUAACUCGUACCUUUUCCGAUGGACUACACCGCAAUGGUAGUGUUAAAAGGCGAAAAUCAAGAGUAUGCAAUUUUCAGCUAUUGGAACGUGAUAACCCAAUCUUUCACUAUCGGUUUUGAUGGAAAAAUUGUUAUAAGGAGGAUAAAGUCGAAAGUUCUGAUAUUGGUUGCAAGAGUUUUAUUUCCAUUUCUUGCAACUUUCUUCACAGGUGGAUUUUUUUUUAACCUUUAUGUAACUGUUCAGAGGUUUCAGGUUGUUUUGCCGCAGCGAUUUUGCGAAUCUUUUUCAAUAUUGUCUAUCUCCUAUUCAAAAAGUUUGAGAAACUGGAACCCCUUUCAAGAGCUCGUAACAAAUUGACGAUUAUUCGAGAUUCAGUUGUUUUGGGGAUUAUCACAGUUCACUUCUGCGCAGCUUUUCUACUCAGUUAGUGUUCAACUGAUUCACGGUUAGCUUGAGACGCAAAAAGGCGUGGCCAGAUCUCCACCAACCCGGCAAUGUCUCUUUUCUUACCGUGCCAGGACCCUUUUUUCGAUGGCUCUAGCCAGCCAUGAAACAAUUAAGGUCAUAGCCGAAAAAUUCAAUGAAAGUUCAGAUGUUCUAUACAUACACAAAAAACUUGACAUCUCUUACAAAGAAUCAUUUUCUUCUACGGUGAUGUUGCUAACGACGUUCUCAGCUCCAAGAACCUUUUUUGCGGUGAGACAUCAAAUUAAAAACAAAAAUUCAGUCCUUUUCUCAGGUUGAGUCGUUUGAAGUGCUUCAGAUGGCAUCGUUCUACUUGUACUUGUACGCUUCUUGGGCCGCCGUCGUUCUCUCCUUCUUACGUCUUCAAAAAAAUAUCGAAAUCUCUCAAGCUUUCGUGGCUACUUUGGAUGACAUCAAACGACAACACGACAAAGAAAUUGAAAUUUUGAAAAAUCGUUGA